UUUCAAGUUCCUUGCGCCUCGUCCCGUAGACGCAUUUGCACAUAGAAACAGGUAUUACAUCCCGUUGGGUAUUUCAGAGAAAUGGUAAAGACUCUUCCAGUGAUCAUUUCCAAGAGAAUUCACAAGUUUAGCCAGAGACAGUGGUUUUCUCGGAAAUACUCGAUAGGAGAGCAUUUGUCUUCAGACUUGGCACAAACGAUUUUUCCGCGUUGUGCUUUUACCACUUCUCCUGCCAUGGCGACUGGGAUCGAUUUCGAGGUUGAAGGGACCACGACGUUUGGUUCGCUUCCUGACGAGAGCUUCCGCUACUUGCUCUCUCUAAAGAGCGAAAAGAUUAACCUCUGGUUAGAGAACCGCACGAGCAAAAAACAGUGGCAAUCUGGAUUCCUUAGCAAAGAAGAAUACGUGACCACUGCAAACGCAUUUGUGGAUGCAUCAGCGGCGGACUACAUUUCCUGCUUUAAGCAGUGUUUAGACUGCUCGGUGGACGAAACUCAAGAAUCGCAGCGCAAGCUGGUUUCACUGAAAGGAGACACAUUUCAGCUUGAAAUGAACAUCAAGAUUCGACUGCUUCGGUCCUUUCGGAAUGUUAGCUACGUGUUCAAGCUAGAACCAGUGGCAGUGGAGCUUAUUGACAUUUUGGCUUCGAAGCUGAAGGAUCAGCAAGAGGAGUUGGAGAAGCUGCGUAGCAGAGUUGACGAAACUGAACGAGUCGUUUUGUACGCCGAAAGCACGACCUGGACGGACGCGAUGCUUCGAUGGGAGCCCUUGAACUCGGGGAAUUUUGUGCUAAGUGCUGACAGUACGUCGAUUAUCAUCGUGAUUCCUGGCCUGUACGCGAUCAGUGUACUUGUGAGCCAUGUUCCAGUCGAAAACAGUACUGCCGGAGCGAUAUCGCUGCAGAAGAAUGGAAUCGUAAUUCAGCGUGCGGCAGCUGGAUCUGUCGUGCAUUAUUGUAUGUACAACAAUUCCCAGCAAUAUGCUAGUCAUCGAACCAGUACGUCGCUCAUGAGUAUGGUUCAGGUCAAAGCAGACGAAAGCAUUGAAGUCCUAUGCUCGGGGACCUCCUAUAUCGCCGAUACUGCUUCGUAUUUGACGGUCAUUCGCAUCGGAUCUUAACCAAGUAACGGCAACUUCGGGAUUCUCGAAUCGGGAAUCGCCUCAUCGUGCCAGUUUGGAAUAGCCAUAUUUCAAUACAGGAAGCAACAGUCCAAGAAUUUGAGUUGCAUGGAGGAAAAAAAUACUGACAAAAAGUAAAAGGGCAACUUUUCUGUUCUGCGCUGUCAAUAAUCUCAAUUCAUGUAACGCAAAUUUCAGCUGAAUUUGGAAUGCCAGACGAGAUUGUUGGCUAAUCGGAUCAAGUUGAAGUUUCAUUAUCCCAAUCAGUACGUGAAAUUCAUCCGUGUUUGCUCAAAAGUCGAGCCACUGGAAGACUCGCUAAAAAAUCGACACACUGCUCCGAUUAAGCGAACACGUAAUACAACACCAGCAACUAUAGAUUGGUACGUUUCGAGGAGUAUAAAAAACUAACGUGAAAAAAACGUUUUUUAGUCAGGGGAUU